AUGGAUCAUGCUGAAGAAAAUGAAAUCCUCGCAGCAACUCAGAGGUACUAUGUGGAAAGGCCAAUUUUCAGCCAUCCUGUCCUGCAGGAGAGACUCCACGAGAAGGACAAAGUUUCGGACUCCAUCGGGGACAAGCUGAAACGGGCAUUCACAUGUACUCCAAAAAAAAUAAGAAACAUUAUUUAUAUGUUCCUGCCUAUCACAAAGUGGCUGCCAGCGUAUAAAUUCAAGGAGUACGUGCUGGGCGACCUGGUUUCAGGCAUAAGCACUGGAGUGCUCCAGCUUCCCCAAGGCCUGGCCUUCGCGAUGCUGGCCGCUGUGCCGCCCGUGUUCGGCCUGUACUCCUCCUUCUACCCUGUGAUCAUGUACUGCUUCCUGGGCACCUCCAGGCACAUAUCCAUCGGUCCUUUUGCCGUUAUUAGCUUGAUGAUCGGUGGCGUGGCUGUUCGAUUAGUACCAGAUGACAUAGUCCUUCCAGGGGGAGUCAACAUGACCAACGGUACGGAAGCCAGGGACGCCCUGAGGGUGAAGGUCGCCAUGUCUGUGACCUUGCUCUCGGGAAUCAUUCAGUUCUGCCUGGGCGUGUGCAGGUUCGGGUUCGUGGCCAUCUACCUCACGGAGCCGCUGGUGCGUGGCUUCACCACGGCCGCCGCCGUGCACGUCUUCACCUCCAUGCUCAAGUACCUGUUCGGGGUGAAGACCAAGCGGCACAGCGGCAUCUUCUCGGUGGUGUAUAGUACAGUUGCUGUGUUGCAGAAUGUUAAAAACCUCAACGUGUGUUCCCUAGGCGUCGGGCUGAUGGUUUUUGGUUUGCUGUUGGGGGGCAAGGAGUUUAAUGAGAGAUUUAAAGAGAAAUUGCCAGCGCCCAUUCCCCUAGAGUUCUUUGCGGUGGUCAUGGGAACUGGCAUCUCAGCUGGAUUUAACCUGCAAGAAUCCUACAACGUGGACGUGGUUGGAACACUUCCUCUGGGACUAUUGCCUCCAGCCAACCCGGACACCAGCCUCUUCCACCUUGUGUAUGUGGACGCCAUCGCCAUCGCCAUUGUUGGAUUCUCAGUGACCAUCUCAAUGGCCAAGACCUUGGCCAACAAACAUGGCUACCAGGUUGAUGGCAAUCAGGAGCUCAUCGCCCUAGGACUGUGCAAUUCCAUCGGCUCCCUCUUCCAGACCUUUUCCAUCUCUUGCUCCCUGUCUCGCAGCCUGGUUCAGGAAGGAACUGGGGGAAAGACACAGCUCGCAGGUUGCUUGGCCUCGUUAAUGAUUUUGCUGGUCAUAUUAGCCACGGGAUUCCUCUUUGAAUCAUUACCGCAGGCUGUGCUGUCGGCUAUCGUGAUCGUCAACCUGAAGGGGAUGUUCAUGCAGUUCUCCGACCUCCCGUUCUUCUGGAGGACCAGCAAGAUAGAGCUGACCAUCUGGCUGACCACUUUUGUGUCCUCCCUGUUCCUGGGCCUGGACUAUGGCCUCAUCACCGCUGUGAUCAUCGCACUGCUGACCGUGAUUUACAGGACCCAGAGCCCGAGCUACAAAGUCCUGGGACAGCUUCCUGACACCGAUGUCUACAUCGACAUAGAUGCCUACGAGGAGGUGAAAGAAAUUCCUGGAAUAAAAAUAUUCCAAAUAAAUGCCCCAAUUUACUAUGCAAACAGUGAUUUGUACAGCAACGCAUUAAAAAGAAAGACUGGCGUGAACCCGGCGCUCAUCAUGGGAGCGAGAAGAAAGGCCAUGAGGAAGUACGCUAAGGAAGUAGGGAACGCAAACAUGGCCAACGCCACCGCGGUCAGAGUGGAUGCAGAGGUAGAUGGAGAAGAUGGUACGAAGCCCGAGGAGGAGGAUGGUGAAGUAAAAUACCCGCCGAUCGUCAUUAAGAGCACAUUUCCUGAAGAACUGCAAAGAUUUAUGCCCCAGGGAGACAACAUCCACACCAUCAUUCUGGACUUUACACAAGUCAACUUCGUGGAUUCCGUGGGGGUGAAAACUGUGGCCGGGAUCGUAAAGGAGUACGGAGAUGUCGGUAUUUAUGUAUAUUUAGCAGGAUGCAGUGCACAAGUUGUGAACGACCUCACUCGAAAUCGAUUUUUUGAAAAUCCUGCCUUGAAGGAACUGCUGUUCUACAGCAUCCACGACGCGGUGCUGGGCAGCCAGCUGCGGGAGGCGCUGGCCGAGCAGGAAGCCACGGUGGCCCCUCCGCAGGAGGAUAUGGAGCCCAACGCCACUCCUGCCACACCCGAGGCCUAG